AUGUCCUCGGAAUCUCCCUUGAGCGAUGUGCCAACUGUCGUGUCAAGACUGCAUAAUUUGCGCUUGGGUCAAGAAGACGGUGACGAACUUCAACAGAAUGUAAAUCUCGCCGUAUCUGGCGAUUCGUCUCCAGAACCUGUACGAAAUACCCAACUUACUGGCAAUGUUAUCCUUUCACGUGCCAGACGUGCGCUUAAUUUCGUUUGCGAUGAAGAUCAAUCAACUUCAUCAACAGCAAGAGCUGGAGAGUCCUCAUCUUCGAAUGGUGAUAAGCCUCCAACAAAUGUAGCAAAUACGUUGCAUUUGGUAGGAAUACCUCAAGAUACUGCUGCUUUGGAAAGUACUUCUACGAAUGGUCAGGCAACAGUGGCUUAUAAUUGGCAAGGUACAAAAGCAACAAUGCGUGAAAGAAUUGUUUUUCUUUUUAACAAUGAAAUAUUGUCGGAUGUAAGCUUCAUAGUAGGAAGGGGAGUACAAAAGCAACGUAUACCAGCUCAUAAACUAGUCUUGUCUUCUGGAAGUGCCGUUUUUGAUGCAAUGUUUAAUGGAACACUUGCAACAGCUUCUUCGGAAAUAGAAGUACCUGAUGUAGAACCUGCUGCUUUCUUGGCAGUGCUUCUUUUUUUAUAUACAGAUGAGAUACAGAUAGAUCCUGAAACUGUGAUGACUACAUUAUAUACAGCUAAAAAGUAUGCGGUGUCUGCUUUAGAGAAGCACUGUGUGGAUUAUUUGAAAAAUAAUUUAACCAGUGAUAAUGCAUUUUUGCUUUUAACGCAAGCUCGACUUUUUGAUGAAUCACAACUGGCUGCAGUAUGUUUGGAUACGAUUGAUAGAUUUACUACAGAAGCUUUAAAUGCAGAUGGAUUUACAGAUAUUGAUAUUGAUACAUUAAAAAUUGUUUUGGAAAGAGACACUCUUCGUGUUAGAGAAUCUAAAAUAUUUCAAGCAGUUUUAAGAUGGUCAGAAGCAGAAUGUGUAAGGCAUCGUUUACCAGUUACGCCAGAAAAUCAGCGGUUUGUUUUGGGUAGUGCUUUUUCAUUGAUUCGUUUUCCCUUAAUGUCAAAAGAGGAAUUUACAGCUGGCCCAGCAAAAUCUGGACUUCUUAAUUAUUCAGAAGUUCUUUCUUUAUUUUCAUAUUUUAUAUUAAAUCCCAAACCAGUGGUAGGAUUUCAAACAAUGCCUCGCUGUUGUAUGACUGGUAAAGAACAAACUGUAUGCAGAUUUCAACAUACCAAAAGUAAAUGGGGAUACAAUGGGACGAGUGACCGUAUAAGAUUUAGCGUUGAUAGACGCAUAUUUCUUAUUGGUUAUGGCGUCUAUGGUAGUAUGCAUGUCUCUGCUAUAUACGAAGUAUUAAUAGAAUUGAUACAUACUGCUUCUGGAAAGGUGAUUGCUACAAAUUCAACAAGUUUCAGCUGUGAUGGUUCAAAAUACACUUAUCGAUUAAUGUUUAAAGAGUUAGCAGAAAUUUUACCAAAUACAAUUUACACUGCAUCAGCAACAUUUAAGGGUCCCUAUUCUCAUUUUGGAACUAAAGGUUUAAAAACAGUCGUGGUGGAUAGUGAUUCAGGGAAUGAAAAAGUUAAGUUUGAAUUUAGUACUGAGACUGGAGAUAAUAAUGGAACAUCUACUAAUGAAGGACAAAUUCCUGAACUUAUAUUUUACACUUAA